ACAUCGAUGCUUUGCAACUUCGUUCGUUCGCGUUAUUAAAAAUAUAUAUUUUCCAAUAUGGCGGUGAUAUGUUGUGGCCAUUCUACAUGAGUAUGUCAAUUUAAUUUGCAAAAAAUCAUAAAUAAAUUGAUCAAAUUUGUUUCAAAUUAUAAUUAAACAACUCAUAAAUAUAUUUAAAUGAAUUAAUUGUAAAAAUAGUGCUACAAACUUGUGUAAUUUGUGCUAAAUAACAAAACUUUUUUAUAUUAAAUAUAUCCGAAAUAGAAGAAAAAAACUUCCUUUCGAGGGGUAUUCCAUCAAUAUAUAUAUACAUACCUAUCGUCGUCGUUGUACCCCGUGCGUGUGUGUAGUAUCCAAAGCGAGAGAGAGAGAGAGAACAGCCGAAUUAUAUAUAUAUAAACGACGAAUUUUGUUGAAGAAAAAAAAGGAAAAAAGAUUAAAUAUUUUUCAUCUUUUUUUUUUUCUCAAUUCGGUUUUUUCGUUUUUUUUUUCCGUAAAAUUUCCCAGCGAAAAUAAAUUAUAAAGAAAAUUUGUACAAAAAAAAUAGUGCGAAAGUUUUUUUUUUUGCUUUUCCUUUUUUCCAAAACAUUUGAGAGAAAAAUGUGCUGAGCUUGAAGAUACAAAGUAUCAAAAUGUUUAUUAUAAUAAAAAUAUAAAUAUAUCCAUCUACGUUUAACCAUAUUAUAAUAAUAUAUUAUUAAUUGUGUAUUGAUGUUAAUUUAAAUUCGUAAACACGGGGAAACGUUCAAAGAAAACUUCUACAAAAACCAACAAAUCAAUUAACAGAAUGACAACAGACACCCGCCGCCGUGUUAAACUAUAUGCUCUAAAUGCUGAAAGGCAAUGGGAUGAUCGUGGGACAGGCCACGUAUCAUCCAAUUAUGUUGAUAGGCUUAAAGGCAUCUCAUUGCUAGUUCGGGCUGAAUCCGACGGUUCAUUACUUUUAGAAAGUAAAAUCCAACCAGAUACGGCCUAUCAAAAGCAGCAGGAUACACUUAUUGUGUGGUCUGAGGGAGAUAAUUUCGAUUUGGCAUUAAGUUUCCAAGAAAAAGUCGGUUGCGAUGAGAUUUGGGAGAAAAUUUGUCAGGUGCAAGGUAAAGACCCAUCAGUUGAGAUUACUCAAGACAUUGUCGAAGAAUCUGAAGAUGAACGCUUCGAGGAUAUGUCCGAUACUGCACCACCAAUUGAAUUGCCACCCUGCGAAUUAGGACGCCUCGAAGACAUUGCAGAAACAAUACAAAAUUGUUUAACCACACCCCUGCGCAAAGAGAAGCUUUCAACGGCCCUGCAAUCUGAGAAUUACAUCAAGAAAUUGCUCAAUCUCUUUCAUGUGUGCGAGGAUUUAGAAAACAUGGAAGGUCUCCAUCAUCUCUUUGAAAUCUUCAAAAAUAUCUUUCUGCUAAACAAGAAUGCACUCUUUGAGAUAAUGUUUGCCGAAGAUACAAUAUUCGAUGUAGUUGGCUGUUUGGAAUACGACCCAAAUCUCACUCAACCGAAAAAACAUCGCCAGUAUUUAAAACAAUUGGCAAAAUUUCGUGAAGCUAUUCCGAUUCGAAAUCAAGAUCUAUUGGCAAAAAUUCAUCAAACGUUCCGAGUGCAAUACAUUCAGGAUAUUAUAUUGCCAACACCAUCGGUUUUUGUCGAAGACAAUAUGCUAAACACAUUGUCUAGUUUCAUAUUCUUCAAUAAAGUUGAGAUUGUCACUCUGAUACAGGAGGAUGAACGUUUUCUUGUCGAUAUGUUCACUCUGCUUACCGAUCCGAAUACAUCGGAAGCGAAGCGUCGUGACAUUGUGCUGUUUUUGAAGGAAUUUUGCAACUAUGCUCAAAAUUUGCAGCCGCCAGGCAAAGAUUCGUUCUAUAAAACCCUUACGUGUUUAGGAAUACUCCAGGCACUCGAAAUAACUUUGAUAAUGGCCGAUCAGAAGACAAAAUCAGCAUCAAUUGAUAUUCUGACUGCAAUUGUUGAGUUUUCGCCAUUGGUUGUGCGCAAUUAUACAUUGCAGCAGGUGAGCAGGACUGACGGGGGACGAAUGCUACUUAAUAUAGCUAUUGAACAAAUGUUGACUGAUUCCGAGCCAGAAUUGGGUGGAGCGGUGCAAUUAAUGGGUGUGAUAAAAAUUCUCUUAGAACCAGAGAAUAUGCUCACCGAGAAGGGGGACUUCCUAAAUUUCUUUUACAAGCAUAGUAUUCAAACGUUAAUUGCUCCACUUUUAAUGAAUACCAUUAGUGAUAGACCACAAAACGAAGAUUAUCAAACGGCGCAGUUAUUGGGACUGGUUUUGGACAUUCUAUCAUUUUGUGUAGAACAUCACACGUAUCAUAUAAAGAAUUUUAUAAUACAAAAAGAUCUCCUCAAGAGAAUACUAGUGCUUAUGAAAAGCACACAUACGUUCCUCGUUCUUGGCGCCCUUAGACUUUUAAGAAAAAUAAUUGCACUUAAAGACGAGUUUUAUAAUAGACAUAUUGUUAAGGGUAACUUAUUUGCACCAGUUGUUGACGCAUUCAUUAGAAAUAAUGGCAGAUAUAAUCUACUCGAAUCGGCUAUAUUAGAAUUAUUCGAGUACAUUAAACUCGAAGAUAUAAAAACCCUUUGCGUCUAUUUUGUUGAGAAUUUCAGUAAAAUAUUUGAUGAAAUCGAAUAUGUACAAACGUUUAAGUAUCUGAAGACUCGAUACGAUCAAUAUCAAGACCGAAUAAAGGAUCGUGAUAAGUUGGCUAUUGAUAGCACUUUACCAAUAAUCAGAAGUGGCCGAUACCGUCGCGAUCAAAGGCAGCUCGACGAGGAUGAAGAAAUGUGGUUUAAUGAGGAAGAAGAUUUUGCCGAAGAGCUAGAUUCUUACAAUGUUAUGAAGAGUAAACCAGUUGAAAAGAACGGUCCUCAGUCUGCGCAGCAAAAUAAGUCGCCGAAUAAUUCGUCGACUGCAAUUCACUCAAUGACAAACAGCAGUAGUUUAAAUACAUCCUCCACGUCGUUGUCGCCUGGAAGUGUUAGUGGAAGCAGCAGCAGCAGUGGUUCGUCGACUGCAUCGUCUUCGCCUCCGCACUCAUCCAACUCACCGCCACAGGGCCACAAUGCGUCCCUGUCAAUGCAGCAACACCCGUUGCACAAUUUCCAACAGCAGCAGGUGACGCUAACUAGCACGCAACAACAACAGUCCAAUCAACAAAACGCUGCAGCGUUAGUGAUUUCGCAUCAACAGCAAGAGCUAUCUCUGUCGUCGUCGUCCUCGAAUUCUUCUUCGUCGUCUUCUUCGUCAUCGUCCGAAUCAUUGUCACAACAACAAAAACAUCAACAACAACCCCAGCUAAAGCAAAAGGAGCCGCAGUCGCAGGAUAUUAAAGAUAAAACAACAACGAUCAUUACAAAUUCUAGCGAAAUAGCUGCUUCUUCCCAACAACAACAACAAAUCCAACAACAACAACAAAACACGCAUCUUGAUCCAUCAUCAUCAUCAUCUUCUUCUUCAUCCGAGGAGGAAGAAGCGACUUCAGCUUCUUCACUGAAAAUUACACAUGCAUGUAGUAAAUCAGAUAUUGAUGGGCCAUCAAACAUUUCCACCAUCAUAACGACUGGUAAUACAACUUCCACCACCAAUAGAGCGGCUGCGGACGCUGUAUCAGCUGUUGUUGCCGCUAUAGCUGCUAGUACUACUGUAAACAGUACAAAUUGUGAUGGCAUAUUGAAUGUUGGUGCGGCAGCAGCGGCAGUGGCAGUACUGUCUGCGGUAGCUGCCAAUGGAGAGGCUGAUGCUAUAGAGAAGGAAACUGCUUUAGCGUUAACAGCAGCAACUGCGAACUCUUCGGACAAUGUUAUUAAAAAGGGUCUUGUUGAUUACGAAAGUGAUUCCAAUGAAGAAUACGACGAUGAAGAUGAAGACAUGCCUGAUCAAAAGAAGCCUCGCCUGGCAUAGCAGUAUAACAAUAAUUAUCAGCAUCAUCAUUGUGCGAAUUAGAAAUACUGGACAUUUAAAGAAGAGACAAAAAAUUAAAUAAAAAUAAAUUAAAAAAAAAAAAAACGAAAAUCUACAGUGAGACUUUUAUCACCGUCAUAAGUGUUUAAUUAAUAUCUUCAAAUGGAUGUUUGAGUUUAACAAAAAAAAAAAAAUCAAA